AUGGCCGAGGAAACAACACCGCCGGCGGAUGCGCGCGCGGAAAUAUCUACUCUUCUCGAGACAGUGGCAACAUGUUUAAACAGCACGUCGACUUCAUUGCCUUCUUCUACCGCGCCAGAAGACUCUUCCACCCCGACUAUCAUCCCACCUGCGGACGGCAUCUCCCUGCUCGACACGAAAAGCGAAUUGCUACUAUCCUACCUGCAGAACCUUGUUUUUCUCUCCCUCUUUCAAUUGCAGAGGCUAGGAAAGAAUGGACAGGCCAGCAGCGAAGUCUCACAAGAUGAUAUUAUCAAGAAAUUAACAGAACUGCGAGUGUACCUCGACCGAGGGGUGAGGCCACUGGAGGGGAGGCUAAAAUAUCAAAUUGACAAAGUUGUCAAAGCCGCAGAUGAUGCGGAAAGAACGACACGGUCACAAUCCAAAACUACAGGAAAGAAAUCGAAAAAGACCAGGAAUGAAGAGGUCUCUGAUGAAGAUGAGGAAGAUUCUGACUCUGGUGAAGAUGAUGAAGAAGAAAAUGAGGAUGAUGAAGAAAUUGACGAAAUGGCCUACCGCCCUAAUAUUUCAGCAUUCUCUAAGAAUUUCCAGAAACCUGAGAAGGACUCCCAAGCGUCGUCGUCAAGGGACAGACGAAAAGAACAGCAGUCCUCGGACGGAAUCUACAGACCUCCAAAGAUUAAGCCAACCGCACUACCUACAACAGAAAGCCGUGAACGCGGACGUGGUCGCGAUAAACGGCCUAAGAAAUCUAGCGUCAUUGACGAAUUCGUCUCUAACGAAAUGUCAUCUGCGCCAAUGGCCGAGCCAAGUAUUGGAAGCACAAUUCAGCGUGGUGGACGACAGGUGGUUAGUCAAAGAGACCGACAGCGGGAGGCCGAACGACGCGCCUAUGAAGAAACCAAUUUUGUGCGCUUGCCAAAGGAGAGUAAAAAGGAACGUGCCCGGAGACAAGCACGUGAAGGGCCGAGGGCUGGUGGGUUUGGAGGUGAAGAAUUCCGGUUGCUUAGUGAAGGCGCAGACCGAAUUGGUAGACUUACAAAACGAGCUACGGGAGGCUCAAGGAGUGGUGGAGCUUUGGAGAAGAGCAGGAAACGGGGUUUCACAGAGGAUGGACCAAGAGCUGAUGGUGCUGCUAUUGGUCAGUCGUUUGAAAAGAGAAGGAAAAAGGUGGAGGGGUGGAAAAAGUGA